AUGUUUCCAUCAUUGAAUGAAGUUCUUGCUGAUGGUCAGCUUUCAAGUACCUUGUCCAAGGAAAUCAUGGACCACUUGUCUCAGCUAGAUGAUGAAUUUCGCCGUUACUUUCCUGACUUGAGCCCUCAGCAUGCAGGAUUAGCAAAAAAUCCUUUCUUAUGUCAGGUUGAUGAUGUGUUAGAAGACGCACAAGAAGAGUUCAUUGAGCUUCUCCAUGAUUCAACAGCCAAGAAUGUGUUCCAGUCAAACUCCUUGUCUAGCUUCUGGUGUUCAAUGAUGGAAUCAUAUCCAAAAAUAAGUGAUCUGGCAGUUCGAGUUCUUUUGCCUUUUGCUUCAACCUACCUGUGCGAAAGUGGGUUUUCUUCAUUACUUGCAAUAAAAACAAAAUCAAGGAACAAGCUGUCUGUGGAAGAUGACUUGAGGAUCGGCUUCAGGGUAGCGUGCCACAUGCCAAUACAGUCGCAGUUGGCGGUGACAGACUAUGCUGGUAAUCGGCCUCGAAUCAGUGUCACGGAGCAACCACUGAUGUGA